GAAGCAGUUGUAAGACAGGUACCCUCAGUUCAUUCUCGGUAAGGGGCAGUAGCCUGUGCGAGAGCGAGUGGAGCGCGAGUGGAAUUCUUUUUGCCUGAUUUCUUUUUUUUUGUUUCUUUCGGACCGUCAUUCAGUGCCUGGAUGGCGUGGGACAGGUGUAACCAGGACUCGGUCUGGAGAGAAUUAGAGUGUGCUGCCUUGGUUGGCGAAGACCAACCCCUCUGUCCGGACCUCCCGGAACUCGACCUCUCAGAGCUUGAUGUCAGUGACCUGGAUGCGGACAGCUUCCUGGGCGGGCUCAAGUGGUACAGUGACCAAUCAGAGAUCAUUUCCAGUCAAUAUGGCAACGAGGCUUCCAACCUCUUUGAGAAGAUAGAUGAGGAAAAUGAGGCCAACUUGCUGGCAGUGCUUACAGAAACGCUGGACAGCAUCCCAGUGGACGAGGACGGAUUGCCUUCGUUCGAGGCCCUGGCAGAUGGGGACGUGACCAAUGCCAGCGACCAGAGCUGUCCCUGCACCCCCGACGGUUCGCCGCGCACCCCCGAACCAGAGGAGCCCUCCUUGCUGAAGAAGCUCCUUCUGGCACCCGCAAACUCCCAGCUCAGCUAUAAUCAAUACAUAGGCGACAAGGCACAAAACCAUGCAGCCAGCAACCACCGGAUCAGACCAACACCUGCUGUUGUCAAGACGGAGAUCUCCUGGAACAGCAAGCCGAGGGGGGGCUGUCCGCAGCAGAGCCGUCUAGUGAGGCGCCCGUGCACCGAGCUGCUCAAGUACCUGACUGCCACCGACGACAUCCUCCUCCAGACCAAAGCCAGCGACGCCAAGAGCGCCUGGGGGGGUGGUGGCAAAGAGAAGGGCGGCCUGCUGGGCGCCUCCUCCUCCACCUCCUCGUCGCCGUCCUCCUCCUCCACCUCCUCCUUCUCCUCCCUCUCCUCCUCCUCCUCUAUCGCCUCCAAGAAGAAGUCGUCCUCGUCGUCCGUCGUGUCGCAACAGCAGCAGCAGCAGCAUCACCAGCGAGGUGAGAGCCGGGCUGCUGGCGAGUGUAGUGUGGCUGGUGUGGGGGCUGGGAAGUGGCGUCGUUGCGCUCAUGGGGCUGGUGGCACUGAGGGACAGUCCGAACCCGCGGCGGCACCCGCUCCUGUCCCCCCAACACGUAGGAACGGCAGUGGCCAUGCCCGCCCCAAACUGGAGCGCAGGCCGUCCAGUGAAGAAGGAAGGCCGCCAGGUCCGCAGCCUGCGGUGGACGCGGGGCGCCUGGCAGCCGCUAGGUUCAUUAGGUACAUGCAUUCUUAUUCUCUCCUUCCUAGAGAGACGGGUCAGACAGGCAGCUGUGGGCGUUGCCCUGAGGUGGGCACUGCCACUCAGGCUAGCGAGUGCUGGGGCGGGCAUGGCCGUGGUGCGGCAGCGCGUAGGCACAUCACAGUGACCAUAAAGAAAAGAGAGGAGGAGCCGGGGCAUCCGUUGCUUAGCCAGUUGCUGACCUCCAAGCAGAGGCCCGCCAGCUAUCGGGCCCUCUUGCUCCUGCCCGCUACUACCCCUCAACCCCACAAGAGCAGUUCAUCAAGAAUGAGCUCUGGAGUCCUGGAGAGGGAUCAGUGUCCCAGCCAGGCUAUUGAGGUGGAGGAGAAGUACAGAGGCACUGUCAAUAUCAAUCCCGGCAGCUGGGGUCUCAGACAGGCCAAGGAGCCUGAUUCGGACCCCCUGUUGGCCGAGAACUUAAGCCUAGGCAGCUGGGUUAGCCAGUCAGACCAGGGGCUAGAUUUGGGGCUGGAGCUGGGCUUGGGUUGGCCGGAGGUUGGCCUGGUGGAGCAGGCUGGCUGUUUCGGGGAGGAGGUCCGCGAUGAUGAUGCCAUGGGCAGACCCAUGGCGCUCUCACUGGGCCUGCCAUGCCCACUCUUCCCAGAUUCUAGAAUUCCAGACCCCACUCCCUCCGUCACACAAGGGCAGCAGCACCUACACAUGCAGGCAGUCUGCAGGCACCCCGAUGACCAGGGCCUCCUGUUGUUAGCCAAACCAACCACCUUGCCACUUCCUUUGACCCCAGAGUCUCCAAAUGACCACAAGGGAUCACCGUUUGAGAGCAAAUCCAUUGAACGCACAUUGAGUGUGGAGAUCUCUGGAACCCCAGGUCUGACACCACCUACCACGCCCCCCCACAAAGCCAGUCAAGAGAACCCUUUCAAAGCAUCACUCAAAACCAAGUUGUCUUCAUGCUCCUCGUCUGCCCUGGCGUGCAAGAGGGUUCGGCUGAGCGAGGCGGGCCCCUGCGGCCCCCCAGCCCUAACCCCGAACCUAGGUGGGGGUCCCUCCAGGAAGGGCCCCGAGCAGACUGAACUGUAUGCCCAGCUGAGCAAAGCGUCCACUGCCCUCCCCAACUCGGUGGUCACCGCAACGACAGGGGGUUGCCAGGAGGAGCCCCGCGGCUUCAGCGACCACGACUAUUGUCAGUCGCCGGCGGCCAGCACAAAACGGGACGCUGACGCUAAUGCGGCUAACGCAGCUUAUGCUACUGUUACCAUGACGACUACUACGACAACCCCUCUGAUGCCCAAUCCGGUCAUGGCGGAGGACAGGCAUGUGAAAUGUAAGGACUCAGCCAUGCCACCCUCCUCCUUUUCUUCUUCCUCCUCCUCUUCUACAUCUUCUCCUACAUCUUCAUCCUCUUUGGCCAAGCAGCUGCAGCAGAGCUCUUACCCUGUGGCUACGGAGGCUCGGGGGCAGGGCACUCGGGGACAGGAUCGGACCCCCACCACCCAGACAAGAACACCCCCACCACAGACCCUAGAUGGGGACCAGCAUUCCACCUGCAGGAAGCAGCCCCUGCGAGACCAGGAGAUCCGGGCGGAGCUCAACAAGCACUUUGGCCGCCCCCAGCAAGCCAUUUACAGCCAGGAUGAGAAGGGGGGGGAGUUGGUGGUGGAGGAGGGGGGGCAGGGAGGAGGGGAGAAGGUUGUCGCCCCGCAGGCGUCCGAGGAGAACCCUGCUGGGGAUGAGUACUACUGCAAGCUCCCUGGUCCUGGUUCUACUGGGUACCUGCACCCGGGUCCCCCGCCCUUCCACGAGGAACUUGAGCUCCAGGACCGUGGCGUGGAGGGGCGCUACCUCUACCCCUGGGAGGGCACCCCCCUGGAAAUGCUUUUCGAGUCCUGCUCGCCGUCCUGCUCGCCGUCCAGCUGCUCCCCCUCACGGGGCUCCGUCUCACCCCUCUCCUCCCUCCUCCUCUCCCCCAGACACUUUGUCUGGCCCCGUUCGGGCUCCCCCUCCUCCCGUUCUCGCUCCCGGUCCCGCAGUUCCUCCUCCCACCACCGGAGGCGCUCCCUCUCCAGCUCACCCGACGGACGCCCCUCCUCCAGGCCUCGUUACAACAUGGACUCCAGCACUUACCGAUCCAGGACCCACAAAAGCCCUCACUCGCAGUCUCGAUCUCAGUCCAGAUCCCCCCUCAGCCGCAGGCCAAGGUACGACAGCUACGAGGAAUACCAACACGAGCGUCUGAAGCGGGAGGAGUAUCGCCAGGACUACCAGAAGAGGGAGUCCCAGAGGGCCGAGCAGAGGGAGAGGCAAAGUGAAAAAGCAAUACAGGAGGAGAGACGGGUGGUGUACGUGGGGAGACUGAGGUCCGACAGCACGCGAACCGAGCUAAAGCGGCGUUUUGAAGUCUUCGGCGAGAUCGAAGAGUGUGCCGUGAACCUGAGAGAUGACGGGGACAAUUUUGGUUUCAUCACCUACCGCUACACUUGUGACGCCUUCGCUGCCCUUGAAAACGGACACACCUUGCGCCGGUCAAACGAGCCCCAGUUCGAGCUGUGCUUCGGUGGACAAAAGCAGUUCUGCAAAUCGAAUUAUACAGACUUGGAUUCCCAUUCUGACGACUUUGAUCCAGCCUCCACUAAAAGCAAGUAUGACUCCAUGGAUUUUGACAGCUUGCUGAGAGAGGCCCAGCGCUGCUUGAGAAGGUAACAUGUGCUCCAGCAGCCGCUGUCUACCAAGAGGGAUGUCUUGAUACCUCACUAAUGCUUCUGUCCUUUGACUACGAGAAGUUUUACACUCUAUGUAAGAGAGUAUAUAAAGAGGAAUCUAUAUAUAUAUAUAGACCUAUAUAUAUAUAUAUAUAUAUAUAUAUAACAAAAAGUAUAUUAAAAACAACGUUUACAUGAACAUAGCUGCUGAAGAAGCUGGGAAGCGACAGUACCUGGAAAGCCAGUGAAUCCUCAUAACCCUGUACACAGAUGUGUGUGCUUUACUGCUGUACAACAGUCAGUGAAAGACAAAAACAUUCAUGAGAUUUUUUUUCUCUCCAAGCACUACAAAAACCCAACUAUGCUUUGAGUGGUGAAACAUGUGCAGCUCGUUCAGUCUUUUUUUCUUUUUGUCCUUGAUUAUUAUUAUUUUUUUAAAUCUGGUGUUUGGGAUGUGGUGUUACGUUAUUAACGAGAGUAUAGGGAAGCGUAUCUCGGAGGCUCAAGAUAACGUUGCUGUCUAGAUUUUCAGGACAAAAAAAAUGUAGCCCUGUAUAUACAGAUAUUAUCAAAAGGAAUAUUUUUAUUUUGUGUACAUAUCAAACAAAGUUCUUUAUUUGUUACAGCUAUGCACUGUAAAAUGCAGCCUUUUUAAAAUGAUGAAGACAUUUUCUCAAUUAAGAAUGUCGAUCUGUAGUUAUUACAAUGAUGUAAGACAUAUUGUA